CCCCACGUUCAGCCUUUGAAAGUCUAUUGUUCAGUUGGCAAGUACCUGUGGACUCGAACUGACUAGCAGCGUCAGGCACAAAUACUUCACUGCGACUGCAUUCUUUUAGGUGUCCCACUACGCACAAUAGCGCACAAAAUUUUAGGCAAACCCAGAAAUAUCUCUCCCGCCGAUUUUUAUGCCCAAUCUUUAUUUACUCCCUUAAACUUUCUUCCCUUUAUUUCUCCCAUCAUCCCCUUUCGCUCAUCUCGACGAUUCCUUCGACAUCGCUUCCUCGCAAUCGGCGACAGAAAUCGAUCGAUUUAUCUUCUUUGUGCCAUUAAAGCAAAACUUGUAACCAUCGUUUAACGUCAAUCAAUUCACGAUGCCUGCCCGGAAACAGUGGGACGACGAAGAGGAGGAGUCCGGCAGCACCCCUCCAUCUUCCCCACCACUUGGCACUACCCGCCGCGGCAAGUUCGACGAUGAAGAGGCUGAAGACAGUGACGUCCUUGAAUCCUGGGAUGCCGCCGAAGAUUCCGAAGCAGAACGCGAGAAGGCUAAGAAGGCAGCCGAGGCUAAGGCCAAGGCUGAUGCCGAAGCCGCUGCUAACAAGAAGUCCAAGGCUCAACGUAUUGCCGAACACAAGGCCGAGCGAGCCCGCCGCCUAGCUGAGUCUGAUGAGGAUUCCGAGGAUGAGACCGAGUCUCAGCGCCGCGAGCGAACACGUCGCACAGAGAAAGAAUCCGACCUGAAGCACGCCGAAGAUCUUUUCGGUGAAGCCGGAAUCAGUCUUAGCACCGGACGCAAGGCUACCACCGUUGGUUCUGCCGUCCCCAUCGACCCUCAAGACCCUACCAAGACCGUUGAUUUGAGUUCCCUGCCUCUUUUCAACCCACAAACAAAGACCCAGUUCGAGAACCUACGCAACACCAUUGUCCCCAUCAUUGGUAACAACAGCAAGAAGGCGCACUACUCCUUGUUCCUCCAGGAGUUUGCUAAGCAGCUUGCCAAGGACUUGCCUAGCGAUCAGAUCAAGAAGGUUGCCAGCACCCUCACUGCUCUUAGCAACGAGAAGAUGAAGGAAGAGAAGGCAUCCGAGAAAGGUGGCAAGAAGACUAAGGCUCAGAAGACGAAGACCACGCUGGUAACAAACCGUGCUAACACUACGGAUGUUGGCGCCUAUGAGGAUUCGUUCAAUGAUGAUGACUUUAUGUGAAAAGCGCAAAGGGAAUUAAAUUCUCUUUGUGGCCCCCGCCACGAUACCUCCGCAUCGAAUAUCCCCGCCCAGAAGGGCAACUUCCAUGGUGGAUUGCCUGGAAGUUAUAUCCCAACUCGCACAGUUCGACAUUAUGCGCUUCGACCUCGAUCCACGGGUACCGAUGCCUCCAUCCCUUACGAUAUACCCCCACCACACCCCUUAAUCUUCCACAUGAGCUAGUGCUGAAGCCUAAUACUAAAUUGACGAUGAUGACGGAAUGACCUAGCUAAAGGAAGCAGACGACGAACAGGCGACAAUGGAACUAGUGUUGCAUUAGAAUCAUUCAGGCUACAUAGGCCCCUACAAGACUUGAGGGGAGAUUUUGCCUGCUUUUGCAUCGCGCUAAUAUUGAGUUGGGUCGAGCCGAGCCGUGCUACACCACUAUGCUAGAUGCUAUAGUGACGACGCCGCUGAUUCUGGUUGGUUGAUUGGCUGGCUAGAAGUAGAGCCUUGAGAAUGUAGAAAGAAUGAGGCUUGCCUAAUAAAUAGAAUGCGAAAAUUUGGCAUUUACCAUGCCUUCUCUUUUUAUUUAAACGUGAAUCGCUACAGGAACUAUGAUUCCCGCUCAAUUUUCAGCGACAUGCAAUUUGGAC